GGGUGAGCGCACCGAGACCGCGCGUGCGCCGUGGUGGCCCAUGCUGGGGCGGCGCGGCGAUGGAACCGGCUGAGCUGCAGAACGAGCUAGUGUCAGCCGAGGGCCGGAACCGGAAGGCGGUGCUGUGCCAGCGUUGCGGCUCUCGGGUGCUGCAGCCAGGGACUGCUCUUUUCUCUCGCCGACAGCUGUUCCUCCCCUCCAUGAGAAAGAAGCCAGCUCUGGCUGACGGCAGCAACCCGGACGGCGAUCUCCUCCAGGAACACUGGCUGGUGAACGACAUGUUCAUCUUUGAGAAUGUGGGCUUCACCAAGGACGUGGGCAACAUCAAGUUUCUGGUCUGUGCGGACUGUGAGAUCGGACCCAUUGGCUGGCACUGCCUGGACGACAAGAACAGCUUCUAUGUGGCCUUGGAGCGAGUUUCCCACGAGUGACCGAGGGGACUCCACGCCAGCUGUACAGCUCUGCCCACCUGAGCCGACGCUGAACCUGUGGUACUAAUACAAACGAUAAGCACCGGUGUUUGCCCUUGAACUUGCAGAGGGCUGUCCUGCUUCGUUCCAGCCUCAGUGCAUGCCACCCCCUUAGUCCUCUGUGCAUCACAGCUAUCCUAACCCCACCCCACCCCCCGCUUUGGAACAUGGAAGAACUCUACACGUGUCGUCUGGUCCUUGGCACUCCUGGACACCGUCCAGGGCUCCCUUCCUGCUCAGCAGGAGCAGCAAGCAACUUUUUAGCCAUGGUAACAGGAGAAAAUGCUCACUUGCUAAUAGUUGAAACUCCACCUUUUUCUCAUUCAGGAAGCCCUGUGUAAUGGGCGCACACCUGCAGUCCUGCCUCUUGGGAGGUGGAAGCAGGAAGAUCAGGAGUUCAAGGCCAGCCUCAGCUACAUAGUGAAUUCCAAGCCAGCCUGGGCUAUGUGAGACGUCUCAAAAAACAUAAAGCAUACAAGUAUUUGAGAGUGACUUCUUUGUAUGUGACCUACUUGUCUAUAGCAAUUUAUUCUUUUUAAAAGUAAAACACGUUACUUUA